AUGGAGGAGGAUGUCCGGCUCCAUCCGCCAGAGCGACUUGGUGGUGGCGGCGAGUCGCUCGUCGAGUCUGAUACCACGCAACAACGCCAAACCACAGAGUCACAUGUAUUGCACAAAAAAGCCCCAGGGAUGCCAGCCCCCCAGGAUAUGCCGGGAACUCCUUUCAGUCGUUUGCCUCGGACUGUGAUUGAGCAAAUUCUCCAUGUAGCUGAUGCAAGUACAUUCGCGUCGCUGGCUUUAUUGAACCGAAAGUGGCGGCGGAUAUCCAACUCGCCUCUGCUGUAUGGGCAUCACUUGUCCCAGUGCCCAUCUUUUGCACUAUCACAGAAAGCUACCGAUGCUAACCGGGUUCAAACCGGAGACCUGGCUGUUCUCAAGCGGCAAUUCUUCUCUGAGAUUAGGCGCAAUGGGUUCGAUGUCUAUUUCCGCCCCCACCAGAUUCUGGUCAAACUCAUUUCCACCUCAAUGAGCUCGUCGACAGCGUUCCCUCGCGGCGAAGCUUUUCGGUUUGCCUUUUCACAGAAUGGUCAACUUAUCCUUUGCAUCAGCUCUUCUCGCAUUGUCGUGCUUGAUGUGGCAGCAGAACCCCCAGCCGUGAAGUAUGAGCUCAAAACUUUGAGGCGCCCGCUGCAUGCCACUAUAUUGGACGACGGGUCGCUUCUUGCUGUUGUGUCCUCAAGUCACCAGGUCAACAUUUACACCCUUUCUAACGCAGAAGCCAAGCUUGUUCAGAAUCUCAAACUAAACGACGUUCCGCGUACUUUGGCUCUCUCUCCGGCCGGUAGCGUACUUGCUAUUGCGUACAAUGAUAUGAUUGAGGUGUACGCUGUCGGCGAGGGGGCUUUAGCAACCGAGCGAAGGGCCGUUCGCUGUGCAGGGGUUGACUCGCUUUCGUUUUCCUCGGACGGUGUCAUCCUUCUGGGCUCUUCCGACAAUACUUCAACGGGAAGCCUGGUUACCAUAACAGUGCCCCUCUAUGGCGAGCAGGAGCCCGAGAUUUCCAUCAAAGAUGUCCAAAUCCAGAUGUGGACUACUCAAAUACUUUUUCCGGAAGUUGUCCACGACUACAGUUAUGCUUGUCUGCUGCCAUUGCAUACAGAAGGUGAAGGGAGCUGGAUCAUGGGAUAUGACAACAAACUCGGGACUUUCAGAGCCACUGGGCUCAACAAGUCUAGCUCCGGGACAAUAUACUUCGCUAGUCCUGUGUCUGAAGAUACGAAUAAAGAGCACCCGCCGAUGAUGCUCGCCUCUGCGGAUUGCGAGGGUGAACUUGUUGCUUUAGGAUUUCAAGACUCUGGGGUCUGGGUCUACGGUCUACCUGAUCGACUUGAUAUUGCUCCUGUGACGCAGAAUGCCAGCGAAUCACAGGCACGGCCUCGCACUGCUCAAAGCCAGUCAACUGUCGCUACAGAUACGGGAACCAACAUUAGUCGGCUGCAGCAGACCAUAACACGACCAAAAGUACUCAUUAACGGCCAUAAGGUAACUGAUAUUUCUGGCAUCACUGCUGCUCACUGGGUGAAACGUAACUACAGCAUCGGACAACCACGGAGAUUAGCCGCUGUGGCUCCUGGCGGAGUCGACAAUGCUAGCUUUGGUGAUGAAGACGUACCUUUGGACGGCGGACGGAUUUUACUCUUAGACUUUGCAUGCUCGGCCACGAAUGGGAAUUCGACAGAACUCACCAUAGAGAUCGGCGAGGCAGAGCCUGUGAUGCUGCGCGAACCGAAUUCCAGCUUGGACACUGAAGUUGAACUGGAAAGAAGAAGAACUCGUAUACAUCGCGGGAAUACCGGCAGAGGAAACCGCGAGUCAUAUCCGGCCGCCAGCUCGAGUAAUCGUCCUCGCGCUCGCAGAAUCAGUUCCUAUCUCUCUGCCUCUUCAAGCGAAGUUGCGGACGGUGAGAUUCCUCCUAUCUUGGAUAGUCCUUACGAUAACACACAACCGCGAUCUCAAGACACAUUACGGCGUGCUGCUACUGCUGCCGCCGCAAAUCGCAGGCGAGUGGCUCAACUGGAAGAAACCCGCCGUGCGAUACAAGAAUCCCCUGUUCCUGCCGUCUUCCAGGUUCCUCACGAGAGCGAUGCGGACAAUUGGGUUCCUCCGCCUCCUCCCUAUUCGCGCGAGGCAGAUGCACCUCUUCCCGACUACCUAAGAAGGACUUUACUUCCUCCAACGCGAAGAUACGGUCAGAAUGCAGCGGAGUCAUUCCGAAGGUCACUUUCCACUCGUUUCUCCUCAGAGUCUUCAUCUCGACCCUCAUUGCACAGACUGAAUACCAUUACCGGCCCGAGCUUGACUUCACGAAUGAGACGAAACGUUGGGGAGACCUCGACUUCCGAUAACCAUCGGAGACACACCAGCUUAAUUCGAGGAAGAGCAGGCCCGGGCUCUCAGGCUCAACCUCUUAGUAGCGUCAACGAGUCAACUGUACCGGCACAACCACGGGUUUCUCAGAUGGUGCCGAUUGCUGUGCCAGCGGCGCCAAAUGGGACAACAUUGAUAGAUUCUAUUGCUCCGACAAUACAGACUCAAGCCCAACCUAUGCCCAUUCAAGUUCCGAACCACACGCAAUUCAACAAUUCUCAACUUGAUAUGCCGGCAGUCCCACCAACUCCACCUGCAAUGAAUAACUACCUCUACUCUCUAUCUUCGCCAAACCUUAUCCCGGAACAUUUGAUGCCGGAGACACCCGAAACGCCAACACCAGUCCAACAUACGAGCGCCCGACAGCACGAUCGCACGCAAUCAUACGACUAUCAACCACCUCUAUCAGCAGCAGCCCUCCGCAACCGCCGGGCAUCCACCGACCCUACGCACUCCAGCGCGCAGUCCGUCGCGCCGGAACAGCAGUGGCGAAGGCGCAUCGAGGAGUGGAACGAGCGCACCAUCUAUGAGAGAAGCAAGAAGCGAAGCAAGUGUGUCAUCAUGUGA